AAAUCUCUCGGAAUUUAUAAAUUUAAAAUAAUAAACCCAAAAAUUAAAUAAAAUAUUAAAAUCUCACAGGCAAAAAAAUCAGCUCCAACAUUUCUCAGCUCAAUCAAACUUCACCACCACCACCACCGCAACAACCGCCUCACACGGAGGUUUUAACCCUUAAAGCAGCAAAGUUUGCCAUGUUUCCCUUCAUUCAGAAAUGACCCGCCGCCGGUUCUAUCAGACCCGGAAGCCCGAACCUGAUAGAAGCAAAAAAACCACACCAACGACAGGCAUGAGAAUUAUAGUUCCAUUACAAGGACUAGUUCAAGGACGAGGUGGUGUUUUUCUAGGCUCAGUUAUACCUUGUGCACUUCUAUGUUUUCUCCAGCUUUACUUCAGGUGGUAUCGUAAUGAUGAAGAACAAUCCGACUCUUCUUCGUCGGACGACCAGAAUUCUCCGGCUGAAAUGACGACGCCGUCUCGGUCUGAGUCCGACGGGCAUCUUACGGAGCUUUCUGGGUUGCGUCGGUCUUUAUCUCGGACGCUCAUUUCGCCUAGAAGUCCGAGUCGACCCGCUUGUGUUUCAGGGCGGGCUAAUGGGAUAGUGAAGAGUGGUGAGUCUGUUUAUUAUGCUGGAGUUAGAAAAGCUGUGGAGGAUCCGUAUCAUGAAUCGGGUAAUCCGAAUGGUGUUAUUCAAGUUGGUCUAGCUGAGAACAAGUUAAAUUUGGAUUUGGUGACGAAGUGGUUGGUUGAGAAUGCAAGUAGAGCAUUACUUGGUGGUGGUGGUGGUGGUGAAGGAGAGGAGUUGACUGUUAGUGAGAUUGCCACUUAUCUUCCUUUUGAUGGAUUAAUGAAGUUAAAAGUGGCUGUGGCAGAUUUUAUGUCUGAAAUCAUGAAAAGAGAUUACUCUUUCAACCCCUCACAGAUAGUGUUGACUGCAGGUGCCACUCCUGCAAUUGAGAUGCUUAGCUUCUGUUUAGCAGAUGCUGGAAAUGCAUUUCUUGUUCCGACGCCAUAUUGCCCGAGAUUGGAUAGGGAUAUAAAAUGGCGAACGGGGGUGGAUAUAAUACCUGUUCCCUGUCGUAGUGCUGACAACUUCAAUUUAAGCGUAACAGCACUUGAUCGAGCAUUCAACCAGGCAAAGAAACGCGGGAUCAAAAUUCGUGGGAUGAUUAUUUCAAACCCCUCAUAUCCUGUAGGUAAUCUGCUUAAUCAAGAGACGCUGUAUAGCCUUCUAGACUUCGCCAGGGAAAAGAAUAUACAUAUCAUAUGUCACGAAAUAUUUGCUGGCUUCACUUAUGGAAAUGAAGAGUUUGUGAGCCUAACAGAAUUCAUCGAUAAAGAGGAUUCAGAUCGGGACAGAGUGCAUAUAGUGUAUGAUUUAUCGAAAGAUCUGUCUCUGCCGGGUUUUAGAGCAGGUGCAAUCUACUCCUCCAAUGCGAGUGUUCUAGCUGCUACGAAGAAGCUUACAAGAUUCUCACCCGUUUCAGCUCCAACACAGCGUGUACUCAUCUCCAUGCUUUCGGAUGCCAAAUUUGUUCGGACUUUCAUUCAGACUUACAGGGAUAGACUGCAAAAGCUGCAUGUUACAUUUGCAGCAGGAUUGAAGCAAUUAGGCAUUAGAUGCAUAAAAGGAAGUGGGGGUUUCUGCUGUUGGGCUGACAUGAGCGACUUAAUCAGCUCGUAUAGUGAGAAAGGAGAACUCGAGCUUUGGGACAAAUUAUUGAAUUCUGCUAAGCUCAAUGCAAUUCCUGGAUCUUGUUGUCAUUGUAUCGAACCAGGAUGGUUUGGAUUCUGUUUCGCUACCUUAACUGAAGGUGAUAUUCCUGUAGUUAUGAACCGAAUUCGGAAAAUUGCCGAGACAUGUAAAUCUCGCAGUUGAUAUGUUCUGGUCAUUCAAAAGAAAUAGAUUGCAUACAGAAAAUUUUAGGUAGAAAUAGUUUCUUGCAGUUGUAUUUGUAAUAAUGGUGUUUUAAUUAUUGAUGCCAUAAAUAGCCACAUAGGCUCAUCAUUUUUUUUC